AUGAUCUCCGGAGUCCACCGAAAGCGUCUAGCAUGUGUUGAAUGCACAAGACGCAAAGUGAAGUGUGACAAGAUUCUUCCAUGUCGCAACUGUACCAAGAAAGGAACACCAUGUACUCGGCCGCGCGAGCGGACCUCGCCGAGCCACAGCGCUGCUCAAUCCGAGCGCAUUGAGCGCCCUAUCCUGGCCCGGCCGACGACUGAUUCUGCAGUAGAUACUGAAGGGAUUAUUGAAAGGCUUCAGUCAAGGGUGAAUGAAUUGGAGGCGGCACUGAACGAGUCCAACGAAGCCUCUUCACGCCCUCGAAUUCUGAGACCCGAUCCCUCAGUCAACAGCACUUCGUUUUCGCCGGCAGAGUCACAGAGAUCCCCUUUCUCUGUUCGUAAUUCGGGUCAUGUUGAUGCAGAGAAUACGCCCAGGGAGGUGGAAGAUGCUGCAACAAUACUCGAGUUCCUUGCAUGGGGCCGUCGGAAAGACCCUACCUAUCAAGAUGAGAUCGCAAGACAAAACAAUAUCGACCAUUCGCCUGGCGAUAUACCCGCUGAAGACGUAUUAGAAGAUGCUGGCGUGUCAGGAUUAUCAGCAGCAGCCCUAUGCCAGGCACUACUUCCGACUAAAAUCAAGGUUUACCAACUCGUUCACUAUCACUGUGACUGCCUGCUUUGGUAUCACGGAUCGUUCCAUGCGAAAACCUUCCUAGCAGAGCUGGAUUUAUUUUAUGAGAAAGACGAGGGUCAGAUCACAGGAGCUGGAAUUCGUCUACAGUGGAUAGCGCUCCUCUUCGCCGUUCUUACAGGGUCAAUGGCAUGUGCGCCGAGACCGAUAUCUCAGUCUUGGGGUUUUCGCGACCGAGAGAAAGACACUCUAUCAAAACGAUGGCUGAAGGCUACAAUAGCAUGUCUACAUCAAGCAGACUAUAUGGCCUGUCAUUCUAUCUACUCUGUUGAAGCAAUUGCGACACUCACCAUGUCCGCUCAUAUGCUAGGGCACUCGAAUGGAUUUUCGGUGCUACUAGCUUCGGCUGUUCGAAUCGCACAAGGACUUGGUUUACAUCAGCUGGAUGAAUCUAGUGAUGCCUCACCAUCUGGUCUUGUCGAUCGGGAGAUCGGCCGACGGGUCUGGUGUCAGCUCUGCAUCCAAGACUGGUUUUCAAUUCCCUUUACCGAGAGCUACUUAAUCCAUAAGCUGGGAUUUGGUACAACAAAGCCUCAAAACUGUGACGAGGAAAUGAAUUUUCUGUCAGAUGAUCAUCCAUCUGUGACAAGCUAUUCCCGUCUCUUCUAUGACAUUGCCGCUUUGAUGCCAGGUCUACAGGAUGAUAUCAUCUCCUGUAAUACUCUUUAUACUCGAUAUGAGGAGGUACUGAAAUAUGAUCGUCGUCUGCGCACGCUAGCCACCCAACAUCUUCCUCGCUAUCUACAGAAUGUUCCGUUGGAUCCUGAUUGGCCAUGUUACGUUCCAUGGGCACGGAAAAGUCUCGCUAUUAGCUCCGCGCACAAGGUUAUCAUGAUUCACAGAAAGUUUUUAAGUUUGAGCUUUUCCAACCCAAUGUUUGAAUUCACGCGAAAGACUUGCGUGGCUGCGUCACGCACGAUAAUUAAAGAGCAGAAGGAAGCGAGUCGAUGUGGUGGACCUGUCUUGUGGAUACAUCAGGCAUUCAGUGUUACAGCAAGUAUUAUUUUAUGCCUGGAUAUGUUCCACCAAUCGGUAGCAGAUCGCCAAUCAUCCGAACAUCAACAGCUGAUCGAAGACGGAAUUGAAAUCCUAUCGCAUUGCGAAUCAGACAUGAUUGCCCAGCGUGGUGUAUCCCUAUUGAGGGCGAUGCUCGAGGCCGAGCAGUUAAGCAAACGCGGAAGAUAUCUUGUCCCUGAGUUGCGGAGGCCUUCAGUUCUCCCCGGUUCUCCGUCGCAUGAGAAUGGGCUUGACAUCGCAGACAUUAUUCGAGCUUUUUAUCAACAUGAUCGCGCAAGUUUACCUGGUCGGUCCAAGUCACUUUUGCAAGUUCCAUCUGCUGUGAGGGCAGCAAAUCAUAGACAUUGGUCUGAGAUCACAAGUAUUGAGCCGGCUGUGCUAUCUGGAGUUGAUAUGAUGGCACCGCUUGGUGUUGAUUACACUGAAGGGUUGGAGGAGAUUCUAAAUCUAGCAACGAACUAUCUGAACUGA